AUGAGCAUUGAAAAAUAUGUUGCUUAUAAAAAACCUGACGAAGGUCGUGAAGAUUUUAACCCUGAUGCUUCAACUAUCUCUACGACUAUGUCCAAUAAAAUUGGAGAACCUUCAACAAUACUCAAAAAUAGUUGUAUAACUUCAUUGCAAAUUGAAGUAGAUAAUGAACCAGUUAUUUUAAAAGAAUCGAAUGAUUUAUCGGAAGAUUUUUUACAAGAAACACCUAAUUUAUUGGAUUGUGGAAAUUGGCCAAUUGUUCGAUCUAGCAACUUUGUUGACCAUUUAAUCAAACUUGGUCCUUUUCAAAUUACAAAGGAAAAAUACCCUGAAGAUAAAAAUAGUCGACAUUUUUCUAGCAUUUAUUACAAUAGAAAGCUUUCGAAUGGAGAAACCUUUUGCCGUAGAUGGUUGGUUUAUUCAGAUUCUAAAAACUCCGUGUUUUGUUUUUGCUGUCUACUUUUUGAUAAUAAUUCAAAGUCAAACUUAUUCUCUGAUGGUUUCAAGAAAUGGAGACAUUUAACUGAAACAUUGGGAAUUCAUGAAAACAGCGUCUCUCAUAUGAAAUGUUAUCAACAACAGUUUGCGAUGGCAAAAUGUUCUUCUUCGGCUGAUGAAUAUCACUCUUUACCUAGCUGA